AUGCCCGACACAUUCAUCGUGUUUUCCAAUAAGCAAUUUUGCGGAGGUCGGCCGACACGCUGCCUCCUGAUGGGGGGAGUGCUCUCCUCCUCCUCCUGCUCCCUCCCUGCAGGCGGUAUAAAAGGCCGGCACGGCGGUUCGGUCGCCCACCCAGGGGCAGGCAGGAGCGCACGUCGCAAGAGUGGAAUACGUUUGGGGCCCCGAGAUGACGAAGCGAGAGACCCGCCCCCUCGUCUACAGGACGAUCGGCGGGCCCCGCGACUGAGCGCCAGCAUGCCGGCGGGGCCGCUCGCCCUGACCUUCUGGCGGCUGUUCCUGUUCCUGCUCCUGCUCCUGCACUGGGCCCUGUGCCAGAAGCCGGCCCGGCUGCCCCUGGUGGGCCAGAAGCCGGCCCGGCUGCCCCUGGUGGGCCAGAAGCCGGCCCGGCUGCCCCUGGUGGGCCGCAAGCCCUUCCUGGCCGCCUGGAACGCGCCGCUGGACAUGUGCCAAAUCAAGUACAACGUCAGCGUCGACCCGGAGCCCCUGUUCCAAAUCCACGGCAGCCCCCGCGCCAACCGCACGGGCCAGAACGUCACCAUCUUCUACGCCAACCGGCUGGGCUACUACCCGCGCUACGGGGCGGGGGGCCAGGCGCUGCACGGCGGCGUCCCGCAGAACGGCAGCCUGGACGCGCACCUGUUCAAGGCCUACCGGGACAUCGCACAUUUCAUCCCCGCCAAAGACUUCCGGGGCCUGGCCGUCAUCGACUGGGAGUUCUGGCGGCCGCAGUGGAGCCGCAACUGGCACAAGAAGGACGUCUACCGGCGGAAGUCGCGGGAGCUGACCGCCGAGGCCUACCUGAACGUGACGGCGGCGCAGGUGGAGGAGCUGGCGCGGCGGCGCUUCGAGAAGAGCGCCCGGGCCUUCAUGCAACGCACGCUCCAGCUGGGCACGCGCCUGCGCCCCGAUGGCCUGUGGGGCUUCUACCUCUACCCCGACUGCCACAAUUACAACCUGCACCAGAGCGGCUACACCGGCCUGUGCCCGCUGAUGGAGAGCCUGCGCAACGACGAGCUGCGCUGGCUGUGGAACAGCAGCACGGCGCUCUACCCGUCCGUCACCAUCCUCAAGUCGCACAGCGACAGCGCGGCUAACCUGCGCUUCGCCCGCCACCGCAUACGGGAGGCGCUGCGCGUGGCCUCGCUCACCUCCAACGACUACGAUCUCCCCACGUACGUCUACCUGAGGCUGGGAUACCGCGAUGGUCCGCUCACCUUCCUCACCACGAAGGAUCUCGUCCACACCAUCGGCGAGAGCGCCGCUUUGGGAGCCGCCGGCUUCGUCAUCUGGGGCGACCUCAACCUGACCAUGUCGCGGCACAACUGCAGCAAGGUGCGCUGGUUCCUGAGCCGCCGGCUGGGCCAGUACAUCACCAACGUGACGCGGGCCGCCGAGUUCUGCAGCGACUUCCUGUGCCAGAACAACGGACGCUGCGUCCGCCGCAACCCGAGCGCGCGCCACUACCUCCACCUCGACGCCGCCACCUACAGCGUCCGCCCCGCCGCCGACGACAGAGGCUUCGUCGUCAGCGGGCACCACUCGCCCCAGGCCCUGAACGUGCUUGCGGAGCGCUUCCGUUGUCAUUGCUACGAAGGUCACCUGGGGGAGCGCUGCGAUAGCGCCAACGAGGUGCCGGAGGAGGUGGACGUCGACGAUGAAGACGACGAGGCGCGGCGGAGGAGCGAGUGGGAGGACGAGCAGGGUGGGCAGGCGGAAGAGGGACGCAGCCGGGCGCCGCCCGCCCUCGUCCACGCCGCUCUCGUGACGCUUUCGGCGCUCCUGUUGACCUUCUGGGAAACACUCGAGACGUUCGGAUGCUUGUUAGCAUGCUAACACUGACGCUACCAUGCUGGCGUCCGCGGAUCACAAUGCUGCUCAUAAGAAUGUAAUGACUGGAACGCAAACCUGGCUCUCGAAACCAAAGUUCAGUUGCCAAAUUUGCUCUUUGUAAAUUGGAAGGGCUGCUAAUCACCGGUGAGCGUGAAUGACCGCUUGUGAUUGCUCUAGCUAGCACGCAAGUCCCAAAAAAGAAACGUUUACCCUUAAUACAUCCGGAACACUUAGUUUUCAGUCAGUCGUUUCAGUUAUGUUCCGCGAUGGAAUUUGAGAGUGGUGAUUUUUGAAGCGGCGACCCAGCUGAGCCCACUGGCCUGCUACCGCUAACACAGCUCGCAGCGCUAACAAAGCACCAACCAGUGACAGUCUGUCAGGUUUUUGUACAUCCGAAAACUUACUUGAGAUUGCUUUGCUUCUACCAUGAAGCUAACGCGUGUGUACGGUCAAAAAUGUUAGCUUCUAGCACUAGUAGGUGCUGGUGAUGCUACUAGUUAGCCCUUAUAAGCUAAUGAUUGUGUUGCCAAAAGAGCAACACCACCAAACGAGCGCUCUUGUAUGACUAGCUUGUUCAGUCUAAAAUAACGCUCAGCAUUUUUACAAAAAAAUUUUACGUGGGAGUCGAAACUUGUCAUUUUGGCCCUCGGUUUUAUUAGCAUAACCAAAAAAAAUCGUGUGUAUUAUCAAAAUCUCUUGACUAACUCGUGUUUUUUUUUUCAUUGAGAGGAUUUGAACUAGCCAACGCGGCUAAUUUCCUAGCCGCAAUGUAGCUACGACAAACACUGAAGAGGACGUCGGCCACGGCACACGGCUGAGCUCAAGUCAUGACUUGGCGCUUUUCUGCGGUUCUUCACUUCCUCGUCUUCAAAAGUUCAACCGGUGUAUGUGAACACGCCAGGAUACCUCCGCCAAGGCCAACGAACCCUCCUGAAAUUAGACGGGCACCAAAUCGCAUACCUUCAUAGGGGUGGAAAGUCGCCUUAUUAUUUUUGUCAUUGCCACAGAAGCAGUAUGUGCACGGUAUCGUUCUAUUUCGUCACAGUAUCGAGUUUCAAACAUUAAUUGACAUUGCUCCGUAGCUAGACGUUGCUCUAGCUAGCUAGCUAGAGCAACGAAUUCCGCUUGAUGACAACAAUUGCGAUGAAAGAACAGAAUCAUCAGAAUAAUUGACGGAUUCUGGCUUCAAGUUGAAACUUGAGAACUAAGAAAUGUAAGCUCCUUGUUGGCGGUAACAGCUAGCGUCACACUGUGCUAUCUUUAGCUUCUUUGGAGCUUCUCGCAGGGGAGCACAGCGACCGGUUAUACCGAUGAGUAGUCACCCAAGCGCUGAGCUUCGGGAAGGGACACGCUUGGAAGCCCCCGGCCCCCCACGACCUCCCCCGAGCCAGCUAAAUCGAUGCUAGCUUGUGUUCCUCACAUGCUAGCAGCACGUCGCAAAAGCGUUUUCCAACAUGUUGAUCCUGGCUGUUUUUGUCUGAAACAGAUUUUCAUCUCACGCGGCGACCAAUCAACCGCAACAAGUACUGUUUUGGGGUUUUCUUUACGCGUACGUCAUGAUUGUAGAAUCCAACAUGAAUGUAAAUGCACUGCAAAUAAACCAUGUUACCUAUUA